ACAUUAACAUAAUAGAGGGCGAGGCGGCCGAGCGAGAGGAGGUGCAGUUUCUCCCGCUAGAGGACGAUACGGUCGUCGCGUUAAUGCUACUGACGGCGGGAGAGGAGGACAUGGAAGCGGAAUGCAUCGCUACGAACAUGCACGGCACCGCUACGCUUCUAGCUUACGUACAAGUCAACGAUCCGCCCCGUCUUCGCAAUAUGCCGAAGCUAGCGCCGGAGAACGGCACCACAGCACACUCUAUAACUGUCUACUGGGAGCAUUGGCAGUACGCGCUCGACGACGGCGGAAACGAAGCUGACCCGGUAGAAUACAAGGCCAUCUAUCGGGAAUCUUCGAGAAGUAACAGCAAGAAAUGGCAGGACGGGGGCGACUGGAGCGCCGCCCUGCGAGCUACAGUGACGGGGUUGAACGCGGACACGGCGUACGACGUCGCCAUCCAGUCGAAAGUGUUCGCAGGCAGAGCGGGGAAACCCGGGCCCUGGAUCACCACGAGGACGCUGUGCGACGAUCCACCGGACGAUUUCUGCGUCACGUGUCACGAGCUGGAGGUCGUCCACGUGACCAGCAGCGAGAUUCGGGUCACGUGGGAGAAACCAAACCAGGUGUUCUGUGGAGUAGCGCACUACUAUAUUGGCUUCAACACGUCGGACGGACACUACCGCGCUCUACCCAUCCUUAGCAGCGUCAAUCAGUACACGGUGAGGUACCUGAAGCCCUUCACAGACUACACGAUCUCACUGAAGGCAGUGACCAGCGCUAACUUCGUAUCGGCCGUCUACGGGGUGAACGUGACCACGGCCGAGGAUCAUGAAUAUAUCACAAAUAGUAACAGCAAGAAAUGGCAGGACGGUGGCGACUGGAGCGCCGCCCUGCGAGCUACAGUGACGGGGUUGAACGCGGACACGGCGUACGACGUCGCCAUCCAGUCGAAAGUGUUCGCAGGCAGAGCGGGGAAACCCGGGCCCUGGAUCACCACGAGGACGCUGUGCGACGAUCCACCGGACGAUUUCUGCGUCACGUGUCACGAGCUGGAGGUCGUCCACGUGACCAGCAGCGAGAUUCGGGUCACGUGGGAGAAACCAAACCAGGUGUUCUGUGGAGUAGCGCACUACUAUAUUGGCUUCAACACGUCGGACGGACACUACCGCGCUCUACCCAUCCUUAGCAGCGUCAAUCAGUACACGGUGAGGUACCUGAAGCCCUUCACAGACUACACGAUCUCACUGAAGGCAGUGACCAGCGCUAACUUCGUAUCGGCCGUCUACGGGGUGAACGUGACCACGGCCGAGGAUCCUCCUGGCGCGGUAGGUAACGUACGCGCCGCCACGGACCCCGCCUCCCCAAAACACUGCAGCUGA